AACAUGGAAUAAAAUCAGUAUGUCAUGUGAAUAGAUCCGAUCCGUGCAGCUUCUUUUUGUACACUAUAUAUGGGCUCUCCUUUUGAGUCUUUGAUCACACACUUUUUUGGUCCUUUCAAUUUGAAUUAUUUUUAAUCAUUUUAACAUAUGAUCUUUGCCUUGUUCUUUCGAGGAUUUCUAUGCUAAUCCUUUAAUCUAAUUGUAAGUAUGAUCUCUAGGUGUAAUCUUUCUUGGAAAAUGACACCACACCACAGUGAUAUUACUGUUGAUUAAUGGAAAUUUAUAGUGUGUUUUAUAUCAGAUAAGGUGUUGUGUCUUUUAAUAAAGGUCUCAUGUAAAAAAGAUAGUCGCAUACAAGUUUAAUCCUUUUUCUUUCUCCUUUUAUUGUCUGGAUGUCUUGGGAUUCAUUCCAUCUUGCUUAAAUUCAUCAUGAGAAACAAAAAUAGUGACCACAAUAUAUAUUCCCCUAAAGUAUUUAUAUAAUUGUACAAAAAUAUUUGGAAAUACAGAAUAAUUUAGUGAUCAACAGAUUCAUGACCUAGAAAUAAAAUAAAUAACUAUAGAAACCCCAAUAAAGAAAUAAAAUAAAUAACAUGUCAAUUUCAUGUGUUUUGAAUAUACAUUGCAUUCAACACAAGGUGGCACGUCACUAGUGAGAAUGGUGGCGGUAGAUGUAGAUGGAUAAUCUUAUAAGCCAAGAUUGAUCUCAUUAUUCAUUUUGAUAGUCACCUUUCCUUAUUCUUUUCUUGGCGAGAUGCAAGUCGUUAGAGGUCAAGUUUCACCUAUUUUAUACACCAAGUGGAAGCAGAACAUACCGUGAACCACGUGUGAUUACAAUUUAAGUUUGACCUAACCUUAUUACUGGGCGUUAAUUUACUUAACGGACCAGAUAUGAAUUUAUUAUAAACACGUACAGUUACAUAUUGAAGAAUAAUGUCGUGUGGACUUAAUUAAAUAAUGAGAGCAAGUGAGCAACACAUGGAGGAUUCACGAUGGUAAUAUAAUAAAUGUUUGUAAUUACAUUUAUAAUUUAAUUUUGUUAUACAUUUUUAGUAUAUAAGUUAAAAUUUUGUAUCACUAUUUUUUAAAAAAAUAUAUAUUUUUGUGUAGAAAAUACAUAUUUUAAAAAUGGAGGGAAUCUUUUUUACCCACAUGCUUCAGUUAUUGUCUUAAAAACUAUUAAAAAGGACAAUUUUCUCCAAAAAUACUAUUAAAAAGAACAAUACCCAUACAAAUCACGAAAGAUCACACGAUCUGUUGAGUCUUUGACCAAACAAUCUAUUAAAGAUAUGGAAUUUUUAUUCAUAAACAAACCUGAUUCCAAGAUUAUAUAAUUACCAAGUAGUGGACCUAGUGGUUGAUUGUCUCUCAUUCAUGUAAUAAUUCUCACAACCUCAUAGAGAAAGUCAACUGAAGAGAGCAAAGCAAACAAUGGAGGAUUCAUCAGCACCACUGUUGACACACAUCGAAGACGAAGACACUUCUCCACCUUUGACCUUCGACAAGAUUUUCGAGCAGAGCUUGUCUGAUCUAGGGCUCUCACAGUUCUUACAGAUACUUCUUGUCGGGCUCGCCUUCGCCUUCGAUUCCCAACAGAUAUUCAUCACCGUCUUCACAGAUGCGUACCCUACAUGGCACUGUCUCGACCACACGGUUUGCAAUCCGGCAACAACCGACAUCUGCGAGCUUCCCCGGUCAGCCUGGGAAUGGGACGGCGGGUUUAAGGGUAAAACUGUCAUUUCAGAGUUCGAACUCGAGUGCUCGAGCUCUCUCCUCAGAGGUCUCCCCACGUCUGCUUUCUACUUGGGCUCUAUCGUUGGAGGGGUUUUCAUGGCUAUGAUUCCAGACAGUUUCUUGGGACGGAAGCAACUACUUUUCUUCACAACUCUAGCGAUGUCGUUCACUGGAAUCUCGAUCUUCUUCUCUACCAACAUAUGGAUCUACGUUUUCUUGAAGUUCAUUAUCGGAUUCGCGCGUUCACAGAUUUGUACCUACGCGUUCAAUCUAAUAGGUGAGCGAGUUUCCACCAAAUGGAGACCUCGAGGUGCUAUGAUUCCUUUUACUCUCUUUGUGUUAGGGUUCAUGUCUUUGUCUGGAAUAGCCUACCUUGUUAGACACGCUUCUUGGAGAGUUCUCUAUCUCUGCACAUCCGUUCCAGCAGCUAUCCAUAGUGUUUUAAUCUAUUUAUUCGCCCUAGAGUCUCCUCGUUGGCUUCAUGUGCAAGGCAGGAACGAAGAAGCUACUGAAGUACUUAAAAGAAUCUCACCUGCAAGCAGAGCUUAUUUGGAGUCAGUAUCUGCUAGGUUACCUUCAAAAGAUGACGUGGAAAGCACUCCAAGCAGCUCGAUCAAGGACCUGUUCAUCAGAAAAUGGGCUUUUCGAAGAAUCUUGGUCGUUAUGACCAUAAUGUUCGGGUUAGGUAUGAUGUACUACGGAGUUCCCUUAGCGGUUAGAGACAUAGACGUGAACAUUUACCUAAGCGAAGCCCUAAACGCAGCGGUGGAGUUACCUACCUUUGUCAUCGCACCAAUCUUGCUAGAGAAGUUCAACAGGAGAAGCUCCGUGCUUGCGAACUGCUUGGUCGGAGGAGCAUUAGCAGUGUUCUGUUUCGUCCUGACGCUUUUAGGCCUAACGAACAUUGCUUUUGUAUUUGAACUUGGCUCCUUCUUCUGCGCUAGGAUCGGGUUUAACUUGAUGGCAGUUUACAUGAUUGAGAUGUUUCCUACCUGCGUGAGGAACUUUGCGACGACGAUGCUUAGACUAUCCCUUGUACUUGGAGGAGCUGUUUGUCCAAUCAUUGCUUCUGUCGGAAGAAAUGUUCCGUCGUUCUCUUUUGCCGUUUUUGGGUUUACGGUGUCGGGUCUUGGAUUUUUCGCAUUGCUUCUUCCUGAGACCAAAGGGUCAAGUCUUUGUGAUACAUUGGAAGCACAAGAGCAGAGGGAACAACGAGCCAUGGAGACUAGCAAUAGUAGCUGCUAAAAGCAUAGUUCCAUAAACUCUGUUCUGUUAUUGUUGUACCUACAAUUUAUAUAUCUUAAUAAAGCGAACCAUUUGGAUCGUAUUGAGCUUAACAGCCCAGUAUAGGAUCAUAUACAGAA